AUGGAAGACGAUGUGUACAUACCAAUGCCAAGUCACGACCAAGCGCAAGUGCUGGAGCGCGUGGCCAAGCUCACUGUUGAGCUCCAGUACCAGAUCGCGCUCGGCGCAGACGUGCCGUCUGUCCAGGCCGAGGAGCCCCGCAUGUCGGCCAUCGAGCGCGUGCUGCGUGAGAAGCUCGAGGCAGAGCUCGCGACCGAGAUCGUGCCCGACUCCUUUUACGCUCGCGAUCACGUCAUCAACGUCACCAACGUCAACCGGCUCUUGCGCGCCUACGUGGCGCUUCAAGAGACAGCGGUGCCCGAAGAGAUGGUCGGGCGCCUCCUCGUGCAGCCUUUUUUGGACUCGACAAUGACGCGGUCGCGCUUGGACGGCCGGAGUCGCGGGUCGUGCGAAGGCCUCGGCAGCAUCUACGCUGCGAUACUCGAGUUUGUCACCAAGACGCUCGGUGGCGUCCUCGCGCUGCCUGUCUGCCAAGGCCCGGCCAAGAACUGCGUCGACCUCCUCACGCAGUCGGUCUGGAAGCCCGUGUCGGCGACGCUCUGCGAGAAGCUGCCCGAGAUCUUCGUCGCGUACAACCCCGACCGCAUGUACCACAACUACUCCGCGUCCACAAACUUUCUCUCGUCGCUCGAAGCGCUGUGUACCUCGGGCGAGGCGCGGACUCGGCUCCGGCUCAGCGCCGCACCGUUUUACGACAAAUGGAACCUCGACGUGUACUACCAGCUGCGGCACUCGGAGCUGACGCAGGCGCUGUCGACGAGCUUUGGGCAGCGGCCGCCCGACGCGACCUUUCUCAACGAGACGCGGAUCGAAGAGUUUGUGUUUCCAUCGGCCAAGCAAGUGGCGCUCUUGGCGCGCAAGUGCUUUCGCGACGGCGUUUUGCUGGACGCACAGACGCCCAAAUUCGCGCGUCUCAGCCUCGAGCUCGUUGCCGCGUUCGUUCAGUACUGGCAGCCGCCGCUGACGACAGCACAGCGCCUCGCCGCGGAGAAGGAGAGCGGUGUUUUUGGCACCGUCAACCACAGCUGCGUGGCGUCGGCUGACGAUGUCUUUGCAUGUGGCAACGAUUUGCACCGACUGCAAUCUCUGAUCGCGUCGGACCUCGUGCCAGAGUUGCGCCGUCGCCUGACACAUGCAGUCCCAUCCGAGGAGGCAGGCGUGCUGGCCACGUCGCUGCUAGCGCAGUCGCUAAACAAUCUCGCUGACCUCGAGGCGAUCUGCUGGGACAUUGCCGCCAACCUCGUGACGGACGACUGCAUGAAGCUGCUCCCCGCUGUUCGCACCAUCAAGGGCCAGUACCAGAUGACCAACAAACCAAUGCCGUCAACGCCGUCGCUCUACGUGCCAACGAUCGUCAAGCCGCUUGAAAGUUUCUUGACCAAGUGGGGUGCACCGCUACGCGACAAUAGCGGGUUUGCCCAGCGUGUGCUCUUUGCGACCUGCAGCACGUACGCGUCAUUGGCCUUGGAGCUGCUCAAGUCGGCGGCCGAGCUGGAAGAAUCGUUGAAAAGCCGCAAGCGUGCCUCCACGGCGACAACCCUCGAUGGUGUGUCCGACACGGACAAGAUGCGGCGCCAGGUCGAGCUCGAUAUGCUUGAAUUUGGACGGCUCGCACGCGCACUGCACGUCGAGAUGGACAAGUGCGACGAAUACAACGCCAUCUUGUGUCACGUGGAAAGCGCGUAAAAGCCUACAGGGUCGUCUUGUUCGUAUAUUCCUUGACCUCAACGUUGUUUGGAUACACUGGAUACCGCCAGCAAUCGUCAAAUGCAC